UUUUUGUUGGAACAUUGGUGGGAGUGGUAGCGUGGUUGCGUGUGCCAAAAGCGGCGGUGGAUCCAGUAUGUGAAGUAAACUCGAGCAACUCACCGACGAAGCUUUGCCCCCGCAGGUCAACACCAAGCAAUCCUCCUGAAAGAAAGGCUUCAUGCCCGAUCUAUAUAUUUUAGUCUAACGUAAAUCGCACUUUCAGUUCCCGAUCCUUUUCAAUUCACACGAAAUCUGGUCUUCAUGGUGCCUUCUUGAAGCUUGAUUUCAUUUCCAAACAAUUUUGAAGCCCUUCGAAUCUAUAUUGCUUGGAAAUGGGUUGCUCCUUUUCUGGGUUGAAUGCUCUGUACGACGCUGUUAACGGCGGCGGAGACAUUUGGAUCAACGAAAAUCGGUUUAGGAUCGUGAGGCAGCUCGGUGAAGGCGGGUUCGCCUUUGUAUUUUUGGUCAAAGAGAUUAUUUCCGACUCGUCUUCUGCCUCCGGCGGCGGUCUUGCCAAGAAAUUGAAGGACCCAUCUCGUCUUUCUGGUGAUGGCACUUAUGCUUUGAAAAAGGUACUAAUUCAGAGCAGUGAGCAAUUGGAGCUGGUGAGGGAGGAGAUACGUGUUUCGUCGCGUUUUAGUCAUCCCAAUCUGCUUCCACUUCUUGACCAUGCUAUAAUUUCUGUUAAGUCAUCUACUGAAGGAUCUGUGAAACAUGAAGCAUACUUGUUAUUUCCAGUUCAUUUGGAUGGAACAUUACUGGACAAUUCCCAGGCCAUGAAGGCUAAGAAGGAAUUCUUUUCUACAUUGGAUGUUCUGGAGAUAUUUUGCCAGCUUUGCGCAGGGCUUAAGCAUAUGCACAGUGGUGAAUCUCCUUAUGCACACAAUGAUGUGAAACCUGGUAAUGUCCUUGUAACUCAUAGAAAAGGGAAAUCACCUCUUGCAAUAUUGAUGGAUUUUGGUAGUGCUCGACCUGCUAGGAGAGAAAUUCGUUCUCGUUCGGAGGCACUCCAAUUGCAGGAAUGGGCAUCUGAGCAUUGUUCAGCACCUUUCCGAGCACCGGAGCUGUGGGAUUGUCCAAGCCAUGCAGACAUUGAUGAGAGAACUGAUAUUUGGUCCUUGGGAUGUACUCUGUAUGCAAUAAUGUAUGGGAUGUCUCCUUUUGAGUACGCACUUGGAGAAUCUGGUGGAAGCCUUCAAUUAGCAAUAGUAAAUGCACAAAUCAAAUGGCCAGCGGGGCCUAAUCCUCCAUAUCCUGAUGCUCUCCACCAGUUUAUAAAAUGGAUGCUCCAGCCCCAGGCUGCAGUUCGACCUCGGAUCGACGAUAUCAUCCUUCAUGUUGACAAGUUGAUCGCUAAGUUUUCUACUGAGACAAACAGGGCACGAGACAGAAGGUGAUAGCCGUACACAUUUUCGACAACUUUCGUUCCUCAAACCGUAAGCAGGUACAGUUCGUUAUCUGAGAUUAGUUUCUCUGUUAUCUAGGUGUAGCCAGGAAUUAUUUUUCCCUUUUUGCCCAUAAAAAUUCUAUCAACCACUCUAAGUUUUCCUCUAGUUUGUAGAACAGUGAAUCGAGAUUCUAUAGACUGGGUCGUGUACUUUCAGGGAUUGUUGAUUGUUUCAUAAAGAACUGCAUAAUAUUGCUCAAAGGAUGAUCAUUCUAUACCA